AUGCUGCUGGCCGCUUUCGCCCGCGAAAGCGUGGCGCAGAGCACGCCGACCGCAUCCCAGCUCGACCAAGAACGCCAACGCAUCGAGCUUGAGCGCAAGCAGAUGUUUGACCCGAACAACCCCGCCUCGAAGGCCAAGAAGGGCGCUAUGCCCAACUCGGCCGACAUCGACCGGGAAAUGCGCCGCGUAGAUCGUGAGCGCAAGCAGAUGUUCGAUCCAAACAACCCCGCGACCAAGAACGCCGCCAACGUGUUCCCCAACGUGCCGACGCCGGAGCGCGCCGGGAUCGACAUCGAGGCGCUGGCCAAGCAAUACGAGCAAAAGGCCCAGGCCCGCAAGAUGGAUGACCUGAUGAUUUUCGCCAGCUUCACGAUGCCGGCCGAAUCACUCAAGCGGAUCGUCAGCCAAGCCAACCGGGUGGGGGCUUCUGUGGUGCUGCGCGGUUUCAAGAACAACUCGCUGAAGGAUACGGCGCUGGCCAUCAAGGA